UCCCAUCAACAAAUCUACUUCCUUUUGGCGCUACACGAGGAGAGGUGAGAAGGAGAGAAACUGCCAGGGCAGAAGUAUUUCGACGGAUUUUGUAUAUUAUUUUACCUACAGCGUUUCGGAAGAAGCCAGACUUGUUCAAAAUGGAAGUAACAAAACUAGUGGAAGUGUUGCGUGCCACUCUUGAUCCAAAUCAACGAGAACAAGCUGAGCAACAGCUGACCGAGGUUCACAAGAUCAUUGGCUUUGCCCCAGUGUUGCUACAAGUCGUGAUGGCUGAUCAAGUAGAUAUGCCUGUUAGGCAGGCAGGCGUCAUUUACCUGAAGAACAUGCUUACUCAAUAUUGGAUGGAGCGAGAGCCUGAAAAUGUGACGGACAACGUUCCUUUCAACAUUCAUGAGCAAGACAGGCAGCCUAUACGUGACAACCUCAUUGAGGCCAUCAUACAUGCUCCAGAUCCUGUCAGGGUGCAGCUGUGUGUGUGCCUCAAUCAUAUCAUUAAGAACGACUUCCCAGGACGUUGGCCCAAUGUGGCGGAAAAAAUGGCUUUUUACAUCAAUUCAGACAACCAUGCUUUUUGGAUGGGAGCUUUGGUGUCUGUGUACCAGUUCGUCAAAGUGUUUGAGUAUAAAAGAUGUGAGGAGCGCCAGACAAUGGAUGACACUAUGAAGCACAUGCUCCCCAUUUUGUACCAGCGUCUAGUGCAGCUCGCACAGGAGCCUUCUGAAACCUCCAGUCUUCUGCAAAAGCAGAUCCUGAAAAUCUAUUUUGCCUACACACAGAAUUAUUUGCCAGCGUCUGUUCUGACCCGAGAAGUUUUCACUCAGUGGAUGGAAGCCAUCAGACAAAUCGUCGAAAGAGAUGUACCACCAGAGUCAAACCAAGUGGAUGAGGAAGAGAGGGCUGAGCUGGCAUGCUGGAAACUUAAAAAAUGGUCUGUCCACAUCUUGGCCCGUCUGUUUGAGAGGUAUGGUAGCCCAGGAAAUGUGACAAAAGAGUACAAUGACUUCUCUGAAUGGUACCUCAAGACCUUCUCUUGUGGGGUACUGAACGUUUUGCUGAAACUGUUGGAAGGGUAUAGACAAAAGGUGUAUGUUGCGCCGCGCGUUCUGCAGCAGUCGCUCAACUACAUCAACCAGGGAAUCAGCCAUGCCUUCUCUUGGAAAUUCAUCAAGCCGUACAUGCAGACAAUGAUUCAAGAUGUGAUCUUCCCGCUGAUGUGUCACAAUGAUGAGGACGAUGAGCUGUGGAACAGUGACCCUCUUGAGUAUAUCAGAAUCAAGUAUGAUGUGUUUGAAGAUUUCCUGUCCCCUGUGAUGGCUGCACAGACAGUAUUCCACUCUGCUACAGCCAAGCGAAAGGAAGUUUUGAACAAGGCAAUGGGAUUCUGUAUGUCCAUACUCACCAACACGAGCUCCGAGCCACGGGCGAGGGAUGGUGCCCUGCACAUGGUUGGAGCUGUUGCUCAAGUCUUGCUAAAGAGAAAGAUCUACAAGGACCAAGCUGAACAGAUGCUGACGACCCAUGUCUUCCCUGGCUUUGCCAGUGGACAUGGAUUCUUGAGAGCUAGGUCCUGCUGGGUGGUUCGUCAGUUUGCUGAGCUGAAGUACCGCAACUGGCAGAAUGUCAACCAGGCGGUUGAGCUGGUGAAGGUUGCUCUGUGCACCGACAAGGACCUGCCCGUGCGCGUGGAAGCGGCCAUCGCCGUGCAGAUGCUGAUCACAGAGCAGGAGAAGGCCAAGACUUACAUUCAGCCUUUUGUGAAGCCGGUCAUUCUGGAGCUACUGAAUGUCAUCCGUGAAACUGAGAACGAUGAACUGACGGGUGUCAUGCAGAAAUUGGUGUGCACCUAUGUGGAGGAUGUCACCCCCAUUGCUGUGAACAUGAUGAAUCAUCUGGCCCAAACUUUUGCACAGAUCAUAGAAUCUGAUAGUGACGGUUCCGAGGAGAAGGCAAUAUCAGCACUGGGUAUCCUCAACACAAUGGAGACAAUCCUUAGCGUCAUGGAAGACCAGAAGGAGAUUGUGGUGCAGCUGGAGGGUAUUGUGCUGUCUGUGAUUGGCAUCAUUCUUCAGAACAACAUCAUCGAUUUCUAUGAGGAAGUGCUGUCCCUGAUCUACAGCUUGACGAGUACCCAGGUUUCUCACCACAUGUGGGAAGUUUUUGGCAUGAUUUAUCAGAUGUUCCAGAAGGAUGGAGUUGACUACUUCACCGAUGGUGAAAAAAUUCUCUUUCUAGACAUGAUGCCAGCCCUGCACAACUACAUUACUGUGGACACGGAUGCUUUCCUGAGCAACCCCACCUACCUGGAAGUCAUCUACAACAUGUGCAAACAGAUCCUGAACACAGAUGUUGGAGAAGAUGCGGAAUGCCAUGCAGCUAAACUGUUGGAAGUCAUCUUGUUGCAGUGCCCGGGGAAAGUUGAUCAUGUGCUGGGAUCUUUUGUUGAGCUUGUGCUGCAGAGGUUGACUCGUGAGGUGCAGACGUCUGAGUUGCGCACUAUUUGUCUGCAGGUUGUCAUUGCUGGCCUGUACUACAACACUCCCCUCCUGCUGGAUGUCCUCGGGAAGCUGAACAUCCCGUCCAUCAAUGGAUCCGUCUUGGGGCAAUUCCUCAACCAGUGGCUGGUGGAUACAGACUGCUUCCUCGGCCUCCAUGAUCGUAAGAUGAGCGUCCUUGGCCUGUGCUCUCUGAUGAGCAUGGUGGGUCAGCGACCCCAGGAGAUCACGGAGGCGGCCUCCAAAAUUCUGCCGGCUGCCCUUCUGCUUUUCCAGGGCCUGAAGAGAGCCUAUGCAAGUAGAGCUGCAGAAGACGAGAGUGACUCUGACGACACAGACGUUGAAGAUGAUGAAGCCUAUGACGGUGAAGUUCUGUCUAGUGACGAAGACGAGAUAGAUGAGAGCAGUCAGCAGUAUUUGGAGCGUCUGGAGAAAGCUGCUAAUCGCGGUGAUGAUGAGGACAGCGAUGGAGAGCUGACAGAUGACGGUGCCGAGGAGACUGCUCUUGAGUCGUACAUCACUACUCUGGAUGCAGAGAACUGCCCAGUGGAUGAAUAUGUUACUUUCAAGAACAUCCUCACCACCCUGCCAACCCAAGAUGGUGGAUGGUACCAGGCUAUGGUCAAUGGCCUGAACCCAGGUCAAAUGAAGGAGAUUGAGGAAGUUUUCAAACUGGCAGAACAGAGGAAAGCCGUGACAGAUUCCAAGAAAAUUGAAGAAGGCGGAGGUUUCUCGUUCACCAAUAGACAGGUGCCGUCGACCUUCAACUUUGGCUCUGGCUAAGUGCUCGGGGUUGCAUUCACUCUCACUUCACGUGUAGAGGAGGACUUAGUUGUCAAAGAACUGUGAGAGAUCUUGAUGAUGUGUGGCUGCAGGACUUCACUGGUGCAAUAAUGACAAAACCUGGGGUACAUUGUGUCGAAGAUGAGGCUGAGAAGUUCCACGUUGCGUGCGUGACUAGAAUUAUAAAAGGUUUAUCCCCUUUUAUAGACCCUAACAGUUCUCCAAUUGUGAUUGCCUCGAGUGAAUUCGCUCGGCCGUCUUGCUUAGUGCCGAGGGCUUUAUCUUUCCUUUUUAUCUGCUCAUCAUCGAUUAUUGUAUUGUAAAAGCUUUUUUUUCCCUCUUCCGAUUGCGCUAUGCGUUCAGGAUUAUUGAUUUAUUGAUACAGUUCUCAUCAUUUUCGUUAUAAAGUCAUAUGGCCUCAGCUUGGGUAUGAGAAAAUGACAAGGGUAUUGGGGUUUUUUUGGUUUUUAAACAAUAACUCGCACCUUGUUUGGUUGAGAACAUAGCAAGAUAAAAGUCAUAUAUGUGCUUGCCAAUCUGCUUGAUGGCUUUGGUUUCUCCAGACAUGCCAUUUCUCUCUCCCUAAUGUAGCGGAAGAUUUUUUUGUCACUAAAAGUUUUAUAUCUAUCAAACCCCAUCCCCUCACCACCACCAAAUUUGGUCCGUUAGGAUAAAUGUCAAUGUAUAUGUUACUCAUUUCUUCAGCUUGCCUGUAAGUUGUUUCUUUUCGGAUAAAAGUUUUUAAGGAAAUUCAUCUUCUUUUUUUUUUUAGAUUUCAGAAUGGCAUGUCUGUUCUUUAGCAAUCAAGCUCUAUGGAACCCAGUCGUAACCCUGGCUGUUCCCCCUUUGUUUAGUAA